AUGCGUACCGUUUCUUCCAUCAAGGCCGCGCUCGUGAGCGGUGCCCUCUUCCAGGUCGGCUACUGCAGUGAGUCCGCUCGCGCUGAGAGGCGACAGUUGGGCAACCUCGGCGAUCUCCUCAACGGCGGCAACCUCGCGGGCCUUUUGAAUGGCGGAAACCUUGGCAACCUCCUAGGAGGUGUCGGUGCCGGCGCUGGAGCUGGUGCUGGAGCUGGUGCCGGUGCCGGUGCCGGUGCCGGUGGUCUCGGAAACCUCGGAGAUCUUCUCAACGCCGGUAACCUGGGAGACCUCCUCAACGGCGGAAACUUGGGAGACCUACUAAACGCCGGCAACCUUGGCGACCUCCUUGGUGGUGCUGGUAACCUCGGCGAUCUGCUCGGUGGUGCCGGUAACCUUGGUGACCUCCUCAACGGUGCUAACCUCGGCGACCUCCUCAAUGGCGGAAACCUUGCCAACCUGCUCGGCGGAGGUGCCGCGGGAGGUGCCGCAGGUAAUGCCGGAAAUGCCGGAAACGCUGGAAACCGCGGCAACGCUGGCAACGCCGGAAACGGACGAGGAAACGGCCAAGGCAACGCCGCCAACGACCUCACCGCCGCCGACUGCAGCGCCCUCUCCGAGGCCGCCGUCGCCGCCAGCUCCAUCCUCUCCUCCAUCUCCCAGACCAGCGUCGUCGACACCGCCACCGCGACGGCCACCGACGCCGCGGGCACCGAAGCGGAUACCGGCGCCACGCCCACCCCGGACAUCAUCACCCUCGUUCCCGACGGCGGUGCCGCCGCCACCACCGACGCCGCCUCGGCCACCGCCACCGAGGACGCUGCUGCCACCAGCGCCGAGGAUGCCGCCGAGACGUCUGCCGCCGCUGGCGAGGACGACGCAGAGGAAGAGGAGGGUAACGUCGUCGAGCGCCGCCAAAACAACCGCGGCGGUAACGGCCGUGGUCGCGGCCGAGGCGGCAACAGGGGCGCCAACCGUGGUGGAAACGGCGGCGCUACCCGUGCUGAGCGUGCCGCGCAGCGUGCCUUGGACCGCGCAGCUGCGGCGGCCGACGAGUGCGCUGCUCUCGGCGUGACCUUGCCUGGCGCUGGUGGUGCCGGUAACGCCACGGAUACUGCCGUGGAUACUGCUAUUGCCACUGCUACCGCUACCGAGGAUGCUACUGCGACGGAUGCCGCUACGGCUACGGACGAGGCCGGUGCCACGGAGACUGCGACUGAUGGUGCUGUUGCUACUGAUACCGCUGCCGACACUGCUGCCGACACUGCCGCCGACACUGCCGUCGCAACGGAAACUGGCGCGGCUGCCACCACUACUGCCGCCGAUGAUGCGGCCGAGACGAAUGCCGCGGCUGAGUAA